AUGUCAAUUCAAAGUGCAACACAAAGUGUAACGAAUGAAACAAGAGAAGCUUUUAAUUCGAUAUUGAAGGGAGCUAUGUUAAAACCAAAGCAAAUAGAUAACAGCAAAUGUGAGAAUGCCUCGAACGAGAAUUUAUCCAUAAUUAGUGGUAACGAGUCAAACAAGUCCUUUUUACUGAAGAAAUUUUUACAAAAUUCUGCUGAAGAAGUGGAUGAAAACAAGGAUUUAGUCUUAAAAGCUUCCAGACCUAUUCCCAAACCAAGAAAAAGUAAAAAUAAAUCACCUAAAGAAGUGGUCAACUCGAAUAAUAAUAAUAGUACGUCCAGUCAAAGAACGUACAUUGUUGAAAACGAUAAUAAAGGAAAUAAUGAGGCAGUUGAUUUUGUAGUGCAUAACGAUCCAGUGUUGUCAGCCGGAGAGAACUCAACCGAUUUAGGUAAAACUUAUGUAAAGAGUUUAAGUGAUAUAUCAAAACAUUCAGAGGAAAUAAAUGAUGUGGUAAUACAUAAGGAAGAAAGUACGGAUGAUCGUGUAUCAAAGGUAGGUAGUGAAGUGCCUAAUGAAAAACCAACAAAAACAAAGAAAGUUGAUGAUAACAAAGAAACUGAAACUGAUUGUAAAUAUAAUUAUGAGAAAAUUGUGGACAUAGUUAUACACAAAACAGAAGCUCUUCUCUUGGAUUCUUAUGUCACACAUCCGACAGUGAAAGUGCAUAUUGUCGACAUCAACACUGGGAAAUAUUAUUCUAAAAGCAGUAAAAACAGAUCUGUUGUUUUCUAUUAUGAAAAUGAAGAGCAAGAUUACAUUUUGCCGGUAAUGACUGGCUCGUACAACCUACAGGAAAAAAGAACUUUUAGUCCAGAAUGGGAGGAAUCGAUUUUACUUAACGAAGACUUUGGUUAUUUAGCAAACGAAAAUGUAAUUUUAUUUUUUGAGGUGUUAGAUUAUGUGCCGUACAUAUCAAAAAAGUUCCAAACUCUACAAAAACAUUGUUAUAAGGGAUGGCACAGGAUAGCGUUUGCAUUCCUCAAACCGGUAACAAGAGAUCGAACAUUAAAUAUGAACAAAAAAGUCAAACUGCAACUUUACUACCCAAAAGACAUUAAAAAAUGCAACCUUACAGAAUGCGACUUAUGGUACAUAUGGAAAGCUAAUAAACUAAAAAAAUACCCAUCGGUUUUGUACGUAACAGUCAAAGAAGUCAUUUCGCCGAAGAAAGUCAUAGAAACAUUUAGAUCCAAAACUCCUUUACAGAUAGAGAACAUUUCUAAGCUCAGGGACUUUACGCGGAAUCCUCAAAAUAUCGGAACUUCUGGCGUUACAGAAGCUUCGUCAGGAGUCAGAUCGAAAUGUUCCAACGAUACUUUCGAAUUACCAAAUAAGCCCUUAGCCGAGUUGGAUAGUUACGAUAACGGCUGCUUUCUGUUACAAUUUAGUCACAGCGGUUUGUUUUUGGCCUGCGCUGUGCAGGUCAAAGAAUCGUUCGUUGUUAUCGUGUACGAGGUGAGUUCUUUCGAAGAAACACAGUGCAUUAACGAACAUACGGGGCUGAUAUACAGCAUAAACUGGUCUUUAGACGAUACGUUAGUUUUGACAGCGUCAGCCGACAACACUGUAGUAAUCUGGAAUUUUUCUACAAAUUCCUUUUUACAGAUUUUACCUCAUCCAAUUUACGUGUACGCCGCCGACAUAAACGAUGAUAACACAGUCGUAGCAACGGGGUGUUACGAUAGCACCCUACGGAUGUGGUUAUUCAACAGAGACGAAGGAAAAUACGAGUUACGACAGGAAUUGGAGAAGCACAAAGGGUUCGUUACAUCGGUUUGUUUUAACAGAAAAUCGACACAUCUGUAUUCCUCGGAUUUGAUUGGUACGAUUAUUGAAUGGUCGAAAUUAGAUAACUUCGACUGGCAAUUUGAACGAGACAUGUCCACCCCCGAUUUAAAAAAUACCGUAAUAAACGAAAUCCUCUUGUUCCCGAAUCAAAAGAAAUUGUUGGUGCACUCAAGGGACAGUAUAUUAAGGAUAAUGUCAAUAAAAAGGGCCUGUGUGCUGUAUUGGUUGCAAGGCGCCCUUAAUUUACGAAUACAAACAUUUUGCUCCAUAACGACUUGCGGAAAGUACGUAACAUCGGGCAGUGAAAAUGGAUUGGUCGUUGUGUGGGAUGCUAAAACGGGCAAAGACGUCAUGACUUACGAACCUUUCUUAAAUCAUCUUCCUUUAGAAACCGUGCACUGUGUAAGGUUUCAUCCCGGAGAUAAUCUCAUCGCUUUUUCUCACUACGGCAGCAUAUCUCCCAUUUUAUUAUAUCACCAUAAUGCCGGAAAAGAGGAUGUGAAGCAAAAUAAUAUACUUCACGAUGAUAAAUUUAGCCCAAAUGUGUCUAACGAAAAAUCGCAUCCGAAAGAAAACAUUUCUUUCCAUGACGUCUUAGUGAAAAUGGAUAAACUGUUAAACCAUUGA